UUUUUUUUCCACGAAGAUGGCGUCCGUGACAACAGCCACUUCAGAGUGGAUCCAGUUUUUUAAAGAUGCAGGAAUCCCGCCUGGCCUGGCUGUUAACUAUGCUGUGUCUUUUGUAGACAACAGAAUUCAGAAAAACAUGCUGAUGGAUCUCAGUAAGGAGAUCAUGAUGGAUUUGGGCAUCACAGUCAUCGGGGACAUCAUAGCCAUUCUCAAACAUGCCAAGCAUGUCUACAGACAGCCUUUCAGUGCACAAAAAAGGGCUUGCAGUUCUGAUGACAUGUGCAAAAUGGCCACUGAAGCCAUUUCCUCUGGCCAGACCAGUGUUCAGGCUGAGCUGAGGCGCACUGCCAACACUCCUGCCACACGCAUGAUUGCCAAUGCCUUGAGUCGGGACUCCCCACCGAGCACGCCUGCCCGUCGCUCUGACAACCGCCUCUCUGUGACAGUCUCCAACAACAGUGCCAAAGCGGCCGUCAGUCAGCCUGCAGAUGAGGAAAACAGCUCACCGGUGAAGCGUCGGCGAGUUACAGCAGAAAUGGAGGGGAAGUAUAUCAUCAAUAUGCCAAAGGGCACCACCGCCCGCACCCGACGCAUUCUGGCCCAGCAAGCCAAAAAAGCCAAGAGCCUGAAGCGCACUUCGGUGUUUGAGAGGCUGGGGUCAGAGUCUAAGGCUGACGCUGCUACAGCCAAUAAGCAGGUAACAGGAGUGUUCAGUCGAUUGGGCAAAGUAGACGACGAUGAGGAAGCUGAGAAGAAGGUGGGAGACGGCCCUAGCGGUGAUGGGGAUGAAGAUAGCGACGGUGAAGGCUCAGUGUUGCAGUACGCUGGCGUCCUCAAACGCCCCCCACCGCCUUCCAAAAAAGAGCCUGUUGCACAAAAAUCUGAAACAGCCACCGUGUACCGCCUGGGCAACAAAUUCAAAACUACCCCCCCAUCAGAGAGCACUCCCCCUACCCCCUCCUCUACCUCCUCUGGCCAGGAGGGGGUGCCCAAGCUGAGUGUUAUGCAGAGGCUGGGUAAGGCUCCAUCAGCCAGCUCCGGUCCUGCCUCCUCCAAUUCUGUAGCUGGCCAGUCAGCAGAUACGCAGGAUAGCCGUGUCACCAGCAGCAGAAGCAAAGCUCAGGGAAGCUUUGCUUUGGCCAGCCCCAAAGUCAGCAGUAGCACAGGGACAGGCAGGGACUGUCACGGGGCUCAGAUGGACGCUAGGACAGUCAGUGUUUUCAAGAGACUGGGCGCCAAGAAGACCUAAUGCACCAAAAUAAACCUCCUAAACACUCCCUCCCUCUGAAUGAUUUAUCCCUAAAAAAUCCCACAUUCAGGGCUUAGAAUACCUACGGUAAAGGAGUAGGAAGGAGUCACACUUUCCCUCAGCAUAAGUGGACUGGGAAGUCUGUAUGUGCCUUCACAGUCCUGGUUAUUUGCAGUGUUAUUUCGUUGUAGGAGAAAAUGCCUGAAGACAAUAUACAGACUUUGCAUGUCCUCUUGGUGCUUAUAGGAAUGAUAUGCACCCUUACCUCUUGCUAAACCCCCUCUAGGGCUGCACAAUAUGGACGAAAUACUUAAAUUGCGAUUAUGUUCCAGGCUAUUUGGAUUGCAGUAUGCUUUGCAGUACAUUACAACCACAUUGGUGUACCAUUAAAGGGGAAUUCCACCAGUUAAAAAAAAAAAAAAAAUCUGUAUCAUU